UGGUCUAUUAGUUAUUGUAACUUUUAAACAUUCAAAGCUAAAUGUCCUUUUCUAUCUUGGUAGAAUGCUAAAUAUGUGCCUGUAACAGCAGCUGCUGCUCCCAUGUAUGUUGUUUGGUAUCAGCCUUCAGUUCGGUGUCACUGUUGGUCCUAAAAAUAACAGUGAACGACAGGCAGCCCGUCCCAAUGACUUGGCAUAAGCUCUUCGCCAUGCUGCCCUACUCCAUGUUGAUCUAACCAGCUGCUUGGCUACAAACAGCUUUUUUGAUGAAGGGAUGAGACAUAAUUUCUGUUCUCUGCCUUUGUGGUCAGCACAUAACUUAACCCUCCACUGUCCCUGUUGAAAGAAGAUCUGUCCCGACUAGUGAACUAGACUUGACCAUGGUGCGUAAUGUGGAUGACCUGGACUUCUGCUUGUCCUCCCACCCUCAGAGCAUCCUGGAGGGCCUGCGCUCCCUCUGCUCUCACCCCAAACUCAUCGACGUGACACUAAGCGCCGGCGGCCGUGACUUCCCCUGUCACAGAGGCGUGUUGGCCCUCUGCAGCAUGUACUUCCGCUGCAUGUUCUCUGGAGACUUUGUGGAGAGCAUAGCAGCACGUGUGGAGCUGCAUGAUGUUGACCCUGACAUCCUGGCCUACUUACUGGAGUUUGCCUACACAGGAAAGCUGACUAUCAACCAGAGCAAUGUGGAGGGUUUGAUCUGCACCUCCAGCCAGCUGCAGUUCCAGACAGUGAGGGCAGUGUGCAGCAGAUACCUCCAGCACCAGAUCGAUGCCACCAACUGUCUGGGGAUUCUGGAGUUUGGGGAGAUUCAUGGUUGCCCUGAAGUGGUGGCCAAAGCAUGGGGGUUCCUCUUAGAGAACUUUGAAGCUGUUCAACAAAGUGAGGAGUUUCUGCUGUUGGAGAAAGACAGACUCCAUGCCUGCCUGUCCAAUGAUGGACUACAAAUCCGGUCAGAGAGCACACGUGUGGAGGCCGUCCUGAAAUGGGUCGGACAUGACGUGGAGACCCGGCUCUGCCACCUCGCUGAACUCCUGACACUGUGCCGUCUUUCUCUGCUUAGCCCGGGCUAUCUGGCUGACAACCUGCUGAAGGACAAUCUGGUGCAGGCCUCUCCCAGCUGCAGGGAAGCUGUGGAAAAUAUUCACAGGGAGAAAAUGACUUUGGCGCCAAACUACAUGGACAGAGUCAACUCUCAGAGUCCACAACCAAACCUCCAAGAAGUGCUAUUUGUGAUGGGAGGUCGCUCACUAGAUGACUCAGACAAUGAAGAUGACUCUGAUGAAGAUGAGCAGCGAGACCCGAGGCUGCAAAGACAACUGCUGCCUCGGAACUGUGCCUUCUACAACACAAAGACCAAACAGUGGCAUGAACUCCCCAAUUUCCCAAACCCAAACAAGUGGGGUUACUCCAUGGUCUCUUUGAACAAUGACGUGUAUGUUACAGGGGGCUCGCGAGGUUCAAACACAAACACCUGGUCGACCACAGAGACCUGGAAGUACAUCACAAAAGAGGGGAGGUGGAUUACUGUUGCUCCCAUGCUCCGGCCUCGGACUAACCACACAUCAGCAACGCUCAACGGGGAAAUAUACGUCAUUGGAGGUACAACGUUGGACCGUGUUGAGGUGGAGCACUAUGACCCUUACAGCGACACCUGGGCCUUGACAUGCCCUGCCUUAAAAUACGUGACAAACUUCACCGCCACAGCAUGUCAUGGGAAGCUCUAUGUGAUUGGAUCAUGUGCGGUGAAGUACAAUGCUCUGACUAUGCAGUGCUACAACCCAGUCAUCGAUAGCUGGAUCAGUAUAUGUUCACCCUUCAUCCCCAAGUAUCUAUCCUCUCCUCGUUCAGUCUGUGUGGAUGGAACUAUAUAUUUGGUUGCUGAUAACACAAAGAAAGUCUACUCUUACGAUCCAGAGGCAAACAUGUGGCAGAAGGUUCAACUUCUCCACAUGCUCCAUGAAAAUGGGGGCUUGGUAACACUGGAUGGCAAGCUCUUUAUCACAGGAGGCCAUUGGAAAGGCAUGGAAGGAGACUAUGGGGUAGAGGUAGAGAUUUACAACCGAGCGUCCAACACCUGGGAGGUUGAGUGCUCCCUGCCGAGGCUUUGGUUCUACAGCGGCGUGUGCACCAUCUUUCUAGACCCAUCUCAGUGGAACGAACUAUUCCCCAUAGACUCAACAUAACUGUCACAUGAUACGACAGAUUAAAUUUAGGGACAGUCACAUUACAUACGGAAUGUUUAUCCUAGGAUGUCAUUGUGCCCAAGAAUAGUGUGUAUUAUGACCCUCAGGUAUUCUUAGUUGUUUUCUUGGAACUCAAUUACUUCACAGCAGGUGUUUAUUUAUACUUUGUACAGUGUGUUUGAUAUUUGUAUUUAUUCUUGUGUUUUUGAAUAGUCUGAAAAUUAUUAAAUAUUUGUAGAUAUA